AUGCUCAGACAUCCCUCCUUUCCGGCGUCGACGGUCGAUUCGGAAGAUAGCCUCGUCGAUAUCUCCACUGCCCCAACGACUCCAGAUGGAAGCUUUUCUUUUAGUCCAGUUCUUCAAGCUCUGAAGCUUCAAGAUGCACUAGAAGAUGCAGCCUCGGGGAGGGGCAAGCAGAGUAGUACAUCUUUGAACGCGGCCAUGCAAUCAAGUAACAAUGGCGGUGUGAAGAACAUCUGCUGUGUUGGAGCUGGAUAUGUUGGUGGCCCUACAGCUGCUGUGAUGGCUUUCCAAAACCCUCAUAUCAAGGUGACAGUGGUAGACCGAGAUCCCAAACGUAUCGCACAAUGGAAGACGAAACAUCUGCCAAUCUUCGAACCGGGUCUAGACAGCAUUUUGAGAAUCGCGCGAGACGGAUCGAAACAAUUCGGAUUCUAUAACGAACCUUCACGGCCUGGUUCCUUGGAUAGCAUGUCGAAUGCCAGCUCAGCAGAAUCGGAAUGCGAAUCUCAAUGCGGAGAGCACAGAGAUGAAAUUUCGAUUCCGGCACGAACACCAAACCUUUUCUUCACGACGGAAGUUUCGAAGAGUAUCAGUGAAGCGGAUAUUGUGCUGAUAGCUGUCAAUACACCUACAAAGAUGCGUGGUAUCGGAGGAGGUCGAGCAACGGACGUUACAGCUCUCGAAGCCGUGACGAGAGAGAUUGCCAUCCACGCAAAACCCGGAGCCGUUCUGGUGGAGAAGAGUACGGUUCCGUGUCGAACAGCAGAAAUUAUUCAAGAUACACUACGAGUCCACCGUCCCCACCAAACCUUCGAGGUUCUUUCCAACCCGGAGUUCUUGGCUGCAGGAACGGCAAUCAAUGAUUUGCUCGUUCCUGAUCGGGUUAUUAUUGGUUCUUCUCCAACACCAGCAGGACAUCGUGCAGCUGCCAUAUUGGCUUCCGUCUAUGCAGCAUGGGUGCCAAGAGAAAGGAUAGUGACGAUGAAUGUCUGGUCAUCGGAACUUUCAAAACUCGUCGCAAACAGUAUGCUUGCUCAACGAAUUUCCUCGAUAAAUUCGAUUUCUGCAAUUUGUGAGAAGACAGGAGGAGAUAUUGAUGAGGUUGCGAAAUCAAUUGGUAUGGAUCCAAGGAUUGGAGAUAAAUUCUUGAAAUCUGGAAUUGGUUUCGGAGGUUCUUGUUUCAGAAAGGAUAUCCUAUCUUUGGUUUAUCUCGCUGAGACUUUGGGAUUGGAUGAAGUAGCAGAAUAUUGGACACAAGUCCUGACUGUUAAUGAAUGGCAACGAACACGGUUUGUUCGGAGGGUGGUCAGAUGUUUGAAUGGAACUUUGGUAGGCAAGAAACUUGCAGUUCUCGGCUACGCAUUCAAACCAUCAACAGACGACACUCGAGAAUCUCCCGCCUUGGAAUGCAUCAAGAUGCUCCUCGAAGAUUGUCCUCGGGAGAUAUCCGUCUUUGAUCCAUACUGCGAACCAAGCGUUGUUCGAGACGAGAUUCGGAAAUUGGUUGGAGAUCACGUUUUGAAAGAGAAUGGAGGCAAUAUCGAGGUCUACGCUGAUGCGUAUCAAGCAUGUUCAGACGCUCACGCUGUACUGAUCAUGACGGAAUGCGAUCAAUUCCGCACCUCACCUCCCUCAAACUCAUCACCCAAACUCGGCGGUCUACCUCCCAAACAAGUCAAGCCGAAAAAGACGCCCGUGGAUCCUCGUCCAUUCCAACGUCUCGAACCAACGGAAUCGGAGAUCCUCGCCCUGCAGAAAUACCUAGCUUCCGCGUACAGUGUUCAAGAUCCUCUACAGAGAUUCGAGAACGAACCAGCGUGCGAAGAGGGCUGCGAGAAAUGCGAGGGCGAGAUGAGUAAGACGGUCGUUCUAGACGAGAAGAGGGAUGAGAGGUUAGAUUGGGCGAAGAUUGCCUAUCAUUUGCAGAAACCGAGGUGGGUUUUUGAUGGGAGGAAUGUGGUUGAUGGGGAGGUGAUGCAUUCUCUGGGUGUGAGGGUUGAGGGGAUUGGGAAGGUGGGGUGGGGUGGGAUUGGUGGGAGGUAG